ACUUCAUUUGACGCGUACAAAUGAGACGAUUUAUAUUUUGAUAUAUUUGAAUGUAACACAUACAGUUUCUCAUAGAAUAUGGAGAAUGGUUCGAGACAGGAAGGUGAGGAUGGAGCAGUUGGCUCUGCUUCUGCACACAAGGUUGAUCCUGCAAAACCUGCUUUGCUAACAUGGCAAAGAAAAUUGAGCAACGUUAACAAUGUUCUUAAGGAGUUCACUUUAAGUUAUCAAGACAUAAUGCAGAUGGGUCCAUUGGGUUGGCGAUUAUGGCGUCACACCAAGCAAGAAAAGGCGAAGGCAAGGGCUCCAAUAUUUGAUAUUUUCGGUAGCCGUCCGGUCACCUGUGAUCACGGAGUUCCAUUAGGUGGUAUAGGAGGCGGAAGCAUUGGAAGAAGCUACAAAGGUGAAUUUCAACAAUUUCAGCUGUUACCAACUGUAUGCGAACCAAGCAAAGUUCUCGCGAAUCAAUUCUCUGUUUUUGUUUCGCGCGCGAAUGGAGCCAAAUUUUCAAGUGUCUUAUCCCCCAAGAACCCAGAGUUGUCCAAAGAAAAUUCCAGUUCCGGCAUUCAAUCUUGGGAUUGGAAUCUUAAUGCAGAUAAGUGUACGUACCAUGCUUUGUUCCCAAGGGCCUGGACAAUUUACGAUGGUUCACCUGAUCCAGAACUUAAAAUUGUUUCUCGCCAACUUUCGCCAUUUAUUCCCCACAAUUACAAAGAAAGCAGCUUCCCAGUUGCAGUGUUCACAUUCACGGUAUCAAAUAUAGGAAGUGCUUCUGCAGAUGUUACCUUAUUCUUUACUUGGGCUAAUUCAAUUGGAGGGGACUCUGGAUCUUCUGGCGGACACUUCAAUUCAAGGAUGAUGAUGAAUGAUGGAGUGCAUGUGGUUAAUUUACACCACAAGACCAAAAAUGGACAGUCACCAAUCACUUUCGCGAUCGGAGCGCAGGAAACAGAAGAUGUCCAUGUCUCUGAAUGUCCUUGCUUUUUGAUUUCUGGCAAUUCCCAGGGUAUUUCUGCAGAAAGUCUGUGGCACGAGGUUAAAAAGACUGGAUCUUUGCAACAUUUCAUUGGAGAAACAACUUCGACAUCAGAAGCAGGAUCGACCAUUGGAGCAGCUAUAGCAGCCUCUUUGAGUAUACCCGCUAACGCAGAGCGUUGUGUCACAUUUUCUUUGGCAUGGGAUUCUCCUGAAGUUAGAUUUGUUAGUGGGAACUCUUACCACAGACGCUAUACAAAGUUCUAUGGUGCCCAUGGGCAUGCAGCUGCGAAAAUUGCACAUGAUGCUAUACUUGAGCAUCGUAAUUGGGAAGCUCAAAUAGAAGCAUGGCAAAGACCGAUUCUUGAAGAUAAAAGACUUCCUGAAUGGUAUCCAAUCACUCUUUUCAAUGAACUCUACUACUUCAACGCAGGAGGCACAAUUUGGACAGAUGGAUCACCUCCAAUGCAAGGGUUGAUGAACCUUGGACAGAAAAAAUUUUGCCUUUAUAAUUCCAGGUCUAAUCACAGUGACACAGCAGAUGAAAUCCUUGAUAGGAAUACUUCUUCAGUCGAACAAUUACGUAAUCCAGCAAUGUCAAGCGCUGCAUUGGGGACAAAUUUACUUCAGAAUGGAGAAGAAAAUGUCGGUCAAUUUCUUUACUUUGAAGGGAUUGAAUACCUCAUGUGGAAUACGUAUGAUGUUCAUUUCUAUGCAUCGUAUGCCUUAGUGAUGCUAUUUCCAAAACUCGAGCUCAGCCUUCAAAGAGACUUUGCAGCUGCAGUUCUGGUGCAUGAUCCUAGUCCGAUGAAGAUUAUGAGCGAUGGAAAGAUGGUUUCAAGGAAGGUUUUGGGCGCCGUUCCUCAUGAUAUCGGGCUCCACAAUCCUUGGUUUGAAGUAAAUUCUUAUAACAUCCACAAUACGGAUAGGUGGAAAGAUUUGAAUCCCAAGUUUGUUCUCCAAGCUUACAGGGAUGUGGUAGCAACGGGUGAUAAGAAUUUCGCAAAAGCUGUUUGGCCUUCUGUUUAUGUUGCAAUAGCUUAUAUGGAUCAGUUUGAUAAAGAUGGUGAUGGGAUGAUUGAGAAUGAUGGGUUUCCUGAUCAAACUUACGACUUAUGGUCAGUUACUGGUGUUAGUGCAUAUUGUGGAGGACUUUAUGUUGCAGCACUUCAGGCUGCUUCUGCGUUGGCUCGUGAAGUUGGGUAUGAUGAAUCUGCUAACUACUUCUGGAUGAAGUAUAAAAAGGCACAAGCUGUAUAUAACAAAUUAUGGAAUGGUUCUUACUUUGAUUAUGACAGUAGCCGAAACAAUUCGAUUCAUUCAGACCAAUUAGCAGGGCAAUGGUAUGCUAGAGCAUGUGGAUUAUUCCCAAUUGUUGAUGAAGAAAAAGUGAAGAGUACCCUUGAGAAGAUCUAUAAUUUCAAUGUCUUGAAGCUGAAAGCAGGAAAGCGAGGUCCAGUCAAUGGGAUGCUACCAGAUGGAAGAGUUGAUAUGUCAGCCAUUCAAUCAAGGGAAGUAUGGACCGGAGUAACAUAUGGACUUGCUGCUUGUAUGAUUCAAGAGGGGAUGGUGGAUACAGCAUUUCAGACUGCUGUUGGCAUCUAUGAAACUUCCUGGUCGCAAGAAGGUCUCGGAUACUCUUUCCAGACUCCAGAAGCAUGGGACCUUGAUGACAAAUACAGGUCUCUUUGUUACAUGAGACCUUUAUCGAUAUGGGCAAUGCAGUGGGCCCUGACAAAUCCCAAGCUCCAUAAACAAGAAUAUAAUAAUGAAGAAGUGAUCAGUGAAGAUCAUUUAUACUCAAAGAGCCAUGCAGAGUUUACGAAGGUUGCUCGGCUUCUGAAGUUGCCAAGGGAGGAUUCUUCUGCAAGCCUCCUACAGAUUGUGUGGGAACUCACAUGCAAGAGAUGGCCAUUUUAAUCCCUUUGUGUUCUUUAAUUGAUGUACUGUAAUGAUGAAUUAAGCAAAUUAGAACGGAUUUUAAUUUUUAUCGAUGCAAAACGUGGGGAAAGACAAACUGAGAGAGAGAUGUUCCUUUUAGUUUUUAUGGCGGAAGCCAGCUGAAAGACUCACUGAGUUGCAGGGCGAUGAGGGGACAGAAGCAAAAGCAGAGGCUGCUUCCCUCCAUCCGUUGAAAUACUAAAACCGACGAGAAAAUGUGAGCAACCGGGAGCGAUCUAUCUGUUUCUUCUCAAUUUCUCCAGUCGAGUUCGUUAUAUUUCUCUCUUUGCUGAUUGCCUUAUGAAUGGGCCUGAAAAUCGAGCCUUGCACCAAACAGGCCAGACAAUGUCGGCCCGAUCCUAAGGGGACUGGGCUGGAUGUAUUUGAACAUUUUUAGGCUGUAAUUUGAGGUGCUUUGUUU